AUGACUUACUUGUGGCAGACGCUGCGCGAAGGAGACGAUUUCAACAAGACAAUCCUCGACCUGUUCAUCGUCGCCUUUUGGGGUUUGGCAAGGUUGGCAGAGUUAACCUACGCAUCGGAGAAAGGCGAAAUUAACUUCGCGGAAUCAGUUUUGACGACGGAUGUUUAUCUGACUACUUGCACGCGAGGAGAAGCAGCAACUCUCACGAUAAGAAACGCCAAAACAGGCACGCCGGGAACACCCCAACUAAUCACCCUCGGCAAACAAAAGCAUGCACUAUGCCCAGUAGACGCGAUCAAACGUCGUCUAGCCGCGGCGGAAGGCAAACAGACAUCACUUUUCGGGUACGACAUCGACGGGUCUCGCUGUCAUAUAACUAGGAGGAAGGCCGUCUCUCGCUUGGAGACAGUCCUGUCCAGUGGCGGUUUCAGUGGGCUCAAAGGGCACUCUUUUCGCGUAGGGGGGGCCUCACUACGAGCCGCGUUGGGGAUGUCGUGGAACGACCUAUGCACUUUGGGACGAUGGAAGUCUGACUGCUAUAAAUUGUACAUAAGGCAGUACAACGCGACCGACUUGUCACAUACUAGAGCUUUACUACGCGAGUUUAGACGUAGCUGGAGAAGGAUGGGAUUUUAG